UCUUCAGCUACCUACUCUCUUUCUCGAAUUUAUUUGCCGGCGGCGAUCAAUCUGAACGGAAUCCUUGCCGGAGAAAUCGGUCACUGGGAAGGGAAUUUGCCCGGUGAGAGAAGAUGAAGAUAUUUGUGAAAACUCUCAAGGGGACUCACUUUGAGAUCGAAGUAAAACUCGAGGAUUCGGUUGCUGAUGUGAAGAAGAACAUAGAGACUGUGCAGGGCGCAGAUGUAUAUCCUGCUGCUAAGCAGAUGCUUAUUCACCAAGGUAAAGUGCUUAAAGAUGAGACUACUAUUGAGGAAAACAAAGUUGCUGAGAACAGUUUUAUUGUCGUAAUGAUGAACAAGAGUAAAACUGCUUCAACUGGAGCAUCUAGUGCAUCUGCUGGCACAGCGCAGGCCAAGUCGACACCUCCCUCAACAUCACAGCCUUCAAUUUCCCCUCAGACUCCAGCUUCUGUAGCAACACCAGUGGCACCUGCACCGACACGUGCGCCACCACCUGCCCCUACACCUGCACCUGUAGCUGCAACUGAAACUGUGACUACACCUAUACCUGAACCUGUACCUGUACCUGCUACUAUACCAUCAAGCACUCCUGCACCAGACUCAGCUCCUGCGGGAAGUCAAGGUGAUGUUUACGGACAAGCAGCAUCAAAUCUAGCCGCUGGAAGUAAUUUAGAGAGUACCAUUCAGCAGAUUCUUGACAUGGGUGGAGGAACCUGGGAUCGUGAGACUGUUGUCCGUGCACUUCGUGCUGCAUUUAACAACCCCGAAAGAGCUGUGGAAUAUCUUUAUACUGGGAUCCCUGAGCAAGCUGAAGUUCCACCAGUUGCCCGUGCUCCAGCUAGUGGCGGACAGCCUGCAAAUCCUCCAGCACAGACUCAACAACCUGCUGCAGCACCCGCAAGUGGUCCUAAUGCAAAUCCGUUAGAUCUCUUCCCACAGGGCUUGCCAAAUGUUGGAGGAAAUCCUGGUGCUGGAACACUUGACUUCUUGCGCAACAGCCAACAGUUCCAAGCUCUGCGAGCAAUGGUGCAAGCAAACCCUCAAGUUCUGCAGCCCAUGCUUCAGGAACUGGGAAAGCAGAACCCAAACUUGAUGCGGUUGAUUCAAGACCACCAAGCUGACUUCUUACGCUUAAUCAAUGAACCCGUUGAAGGAGGGGGAGAAAGUGGCAACCUCCUUGGCCAAAUGGCGGCGGGAAUGCCACAGCCACAGGCGAUUCAAGUCACACCUGAGGAACGCGAAGCAAUUGAACGGCUUGAAGCGAUGGGAUUUGACAGAGCAUUGGUGUUGGAAGUGUUCUUUGCGUGCAACAAGAAUGAAGAGUUGGCUGCAAACUAUCUUCUAGAUCACAUGCAUGAGUUCGAGGAAUAAGCUUCUUCAGUUUACUUUACCUACUCUCUAUCUUUCCCAUUGGUCCAUAUGUGUUACCUUUAUAUUUGUGGGGGCCAAGUCCAUGAUCUCGUCACUUUGUCCAUGUUCAUGGCUCAGUUCUCGGUUUAAAAGGGAGUUUAUCAUCUUCUCUUUCUUUGUAUUGUCGUUGAUCGUCGUUAGUCCUUACAAAAUCUCCUGUUCCAGUUAUUUUUGUCAAAUUGGGGACAUUUAUUGUUUGU